AUGGAAGCAAGAAAGCCAAUUGUUUGUGGCCUCUCAGCAAGAGGAAUCAUCCCACCUCUCCAACCAGAAGUUACGGAUGAUGAAGUAGAAGUGGUGGAGAUAUCAAACGAAGAAGAAGAAGAUGUAGUGGAGUUAUCAUGCGAAGAUUACAUGAAGAAUAUGGGAUAUUUGAUUAGGGUGGAGGAAUCAGAAGCUGACAUUGAACCUGAGUUCAGAAGAAUGCUGCACAGGAUGCAAGAGGAAGAGAAGAAGCUGAGACAGGGUAUCAAGGUAGAAGAAGGACAAUCCCCUAAGAGUACGAAGAGGAAGAGAAGAAGUCAACAACCAAUCACUCAAAACCCUUAUCAGCCUGUCCCUCGUGAGCCAACUGUUGAAGUCUCUGCGUCGGAUGCCUUUAUGUUCGGUUCACAAUGGGCCGAAGAUGGCAACGAAGAUGCAGAGAUCUUGUCUGACCGUAAAGAGAGAAGAAAAUGGUCACCAACAGAAGAUGGGGUGCUGAUAAGUGCUUGGCUGAACACCUCGAAAGACCCAGUGGUUGGAAAUGAGCAGAAAGCAGUUGCGUUUUGGAAACGCAUUGCUGCUUAUUUUGCUGCGAGUCCAAAGCUGGAUGGCGCGCAAAAGAGAGAGCCAACCCACUAUAAAGCGAGAUGGAUUAAGAUUAAUGAGGGCGUGUGUAAGUUUGUUGGGUGUUAUGAAGCGGCAAUGAAGCAGAGAUCGAGUGGACAGAACGAGGAUGACGUUUUGAAGUUGGCUCACAUGAUUUUCUUCAAUGAUCACAAGGCCAAGUUCACACUAGAGCAUGCCUGGUUAGAGCUACGCUAUGAUCAGAAAUGGAUUGCAUCGUCUGCUACCAAGGAUAAAGUUCAGUCAAAAAGAAGGAAGUUGGAUGACCAGUCAUCAACCUCAGUGCCUGUAAGCCACGAAGAGGAAGAAGCCAUGGCUCGGCCAGAAAGUGUCAAAGCAGCAAAGGCAAAAGGAAAGAAGCCACUGAGGAAGCAAGCGACUUUGGAAGCGGAAGAGAUGGAGAAGAUGGAGUUUCAAAGCUUUUGGGAGAUUAGGCAGAAAGAUUUUGCUUUGAAGGCAACUCUUAACAAACAAAAAUUGCUUGAGAGCCUAGUUGCCAAGUCUGAGCCAUUAAGUGAACUCGAAAUGCAAUUAAAAAAUAAGCUUAUUACUGAUCUGUUAGCUUGA